AUGGCUCAGCCCACUACAACCACCACAACCACCGCAAAGAUCGAGGCCGAAGGCAUCGCCGGCGUUUUCAAUGGCAAACUCGUCCUGUCGCAGGGAAUGACUAGGGCCCUGGACAGUGGGACUGGCGGCAACUUCAAGGCGAUCCCCGUAGUAGACCUGACUGCACUGAUCUCCGAGUCGGCUUCAGAGGCUGACAAGGCCGAGUUGGCUGUAUCCCUCCGCGAAGCUUGUACCAACGUCGGGUUCUUCGUGAUCAAAAACCAUGGCAUUGAUUGGACCAUCGUGGAAGAAGCAUUCGCUGGUCUGAAGCAGUUUUUUGACCUGCCACUGGAAAACAAGAUGAAGGUGCACCAAUCAAAAAGUCCAUCUUUCAUGGGCUAUGAGGAGCCGUAUUACACGAAUGUGGACAGGCUCAAGAAAGGAGAUCUGAAAGAGUCAAUGACGACAGGGUAUGAACCAGAGCUGGAUCCCGAGGGCGCAGGUUACCAGCCGGAAGUUCUCUACCGCAAGAAUCAAUGGCCCGAAGACGGCGAUGCGCCUCGUUUCCAGCCUGCCAUGCGCGCGUACCGGGCUGCCUGCCUUGCACUGAUGAGAAAAUUGGUCAGACUCAUGGGGCAGGUCAUGGGCACUCCGGAGGGAUAUUUUGAGAACAAGUUCACGUAUCCAGUGGCUGGUAUACGCGGUCUCUAUUACCCACCGCAGGCCGCCGAUGAUUCAGAGUCAACCGGUUUAGGAGCCCAUACAGAUGUACAAUUUUUGACCAUGAUUGCCCAGGACCCCUUUGACAUUCAGUCGCUUGAAGUGCUGAAUGCCUCUGGCGAAUGGAUUCGUCCCAAACUUGAGCCGCACACAUUUGUGGUGAACCUAGGAGACAUGAUGUCACGGCUGACCAAUAAUGCAUUUGUCAGUACGGUGCAUCGGGUUCGCAACAUUACUGGGCGCCCACGAUGGUCCUUGCCUUUCUUCUUUGGCCUGAACAAUGACGAGCUCGUCUCGCCUUUACCGCAGUUCAUUUCCAAGGAUAGACCACUCAGUGAGGGCUAUGAGCAUGGCAUCACUGCCUAUGAGCAUUACAACCGCCGUAUGCAGCGUGCACACCACCAACACACAACGGCAGUCGAUAAAUGCGACCCGACUCUGCCGCGUGGAAUGACGAGGAUCGAUGGUGUUUUAGUUCCAGGCAUGUGA